UUUCAGCAUGACGGAGACCCUAAGCAUCGCUCAAAAUCUACCAUAAAGUGGCUCAAGGACAAUAAUGUACAAUACAUUGACGACUGGCCUGCUCAAAUCCCAGAUUUGAAUCCUAUUGAGCACUUGUGGCAUCAUCUAAAGCUCAAACUUUCCAAGUAUGAUACCAAAGCUAAAGGGGUCCAUGAAUUGUGGGAAAGAGUAGAAAAGGAAUGGAACUCUUUCACAAAAGACAAUUGUAGAAAGUACAUUGAUAGUAUGCCUGACCGUAUUAAAGCAGUUAUUGACGCCAGUGGUGGCUCAACCCGUUAUUAA